ACUUCCUCUCGGUAACAAAAUAAGACGUUUCGUUAGCCGCCAACAUGAGUUACUUUUUGCCGAAAUUAACUUGUAAAAAAGACAUAGAUGAGGUUAUUAAAUGUGUGGCGGAGAAAGUCGUAGUUCUGAGGUUCGGCAGAGACGAAGACUCGGUUUGUCUCCAGCUCGACGAGAUUUUGUCAAAAACUUCCCACGACCUCAGCAACAUGGCGUCGAUCUACAUCGUGGAUGUGAAUAAAGCUCCGAUCUACACGAGAUACUUUGACAUCAGCUACAUCCCCUCCACCGUCUUCUUCUUCAACGGGCAGCACAUGAAGGUGGAUUACGGCUCCCCAGAUCACACCAAAUUUGUCGGCAGUUUUAAGACAAAGCAAGAUUUCAUGGAUCUGAUUGAAGUCAUAUACAGAGGAGCCAUGCGGGGAAAGAUGAUUGUUCAGAGUCCCAUCGACCCUCGGAAUAUUCCCAAAUAUGAUCUCCUCUAUCAUGGAAUUUAAACUCAGGACGUCCACUGUGUGGCCUUACGAACAUAAUAUUUGGUUUCAGAGACGCAUCUGCCACUGCUGAUUGAUUAAGUCACAAAAAUGUCUUCAACCUUCAGAUACUAAACAACUGUCUGAAGAAGUUUUCAUCUCAAGUCUUGCAGAUUAGGAGCCUGAUUAAAUAUGUUCACUCUCCAACAGAAGCUAAACAUUACAUGACCCCUUACCUUUUGUUCUCUGUUGUGUGUUUGCGAAGUUUUGAUACAUGCAGGUUCCAGUCAGUGGUUUCAUAAUAUUCCACUAAUCGACUGGUUCCCCAGGAACAUGAAGGUGCUGUUGAGGAAAAGUGAAAGCUUGUAAAUAUGGAUAUCAUAGUUUUGAAGAAUUAUAAUCUGAGAAAUGCAGAAAGUUAACUGAAACUUUGUUUACUAGAAACCUUCAAAGGACCCUGGUGUACUUACACAAACUUCACCUAAACCUCAUAUAGUGUGACUGUGACUGACUACUAUAGAACUAAUAUACACAAUAAAAUGUUUAAGAUCCCAUAUUCAAAUGUAUUAACAGCAGGACAUUUUUAUGUUCAUGUUUUACGGAUAGUGUAUGAGUUUAGAAGAAUGAAUCCAUGUAGCUUUGCUGUAAUUUAUUUUUUCCCAUGUAAAAAUAUGUCUUGUGCUUUUUUGAUAUUUCCAAUGGAAAUGAGCUGUUUAUUGGCAAAACGAUACAUGCUAUGUCGUGGCAAUAAACUUUUAUAUG